AUGUCUUUUUCUUCUCGUGUCUGUCAGUUUCCUUGUUGUAGCAGUGCGAUGUCAUCCGCUCCUUGUUCAUCAGUUGCAUGCUUGUAUAGGCUGAUGAGUACGCGUUUCGCUCAUAAAUUCUCAUACGUGUAUAGAAAAACAGGCAGAACUGCAAACACUUGCAUUCUACCGCGACAGUCUUGGCGUUACGAUGUUGCAAUAAAGAAGAACUUCCAACGAAUGAUUGGUAAACGAUUUGGAUAUGAAAUGGGUCUGGAAGACCGAAUUCUGCUGUCGUCACUCGGGCAACGUGAGCGACGCUUGGAUCAAAAGAAGAUUAAUCAGUUGUCAGCGAUUCUUGAAGCGAAAAUUGCUGAAGCUGCUUCGGCAAAUGAAGAAGUGUCUUCUUAUGCCGUGCAGUUCACCAAGGUGCAAGUUAACAGCUCAUUCACUAACGUGAAGAUUUGGUGGCUUUGCGACGGCGUGAACGAUACGAAGAUUGAAGAGUGUCUGGAACGUCACCGUCACUCUUUACGGAAAGCGUUAGCGGACUCUGUGGGUGUCAACUGUCCUGAAUUGCACUUUUUGCCUGACCGGUCAAAGUUACUGGAAGAGGAAAUGGAUAGGCUGUUCCGAAUAGCUGACUAUGGCAUGGAUUACCGAGCUGUGAGCCACACAGGACGAGUGUUAGGAGGUGCUGAAACUGGAAAAUCGAAGCGCUCGCUCAAAAAAAUAAUCGAUUCUGAAAAUUCUGAUAAAACAUAA